AUGAGUGGUGACAGUGAGAGCUCGCAAUCUUCUUCAUCAAUGGAGCCAUGGUUCUGUGAACCGUGUGUGUAUGGAUUCAAUGAACCGCCUUAUUGUGAACUGUGCCCCUCCAGAUACGGAGCGAUGAAGAGAUCGGAUGUUGGUGGUCGUUGGGUUCACCUUCUUUGCGCUCUCUAUACGCAUGGUGUCACUUUCGGGGACAUCGAUCAUCUCGGCGCAAUCAGCUGGCAGGAGAUGGAUCACCGAAAUUUUGGGCGAAAAAGUUGCAGUGGAUGUGCAGAUGUGUUGGAAGCGCGGUCGGGUGUGACAACUCGAUGCGAACUUGGUCUAUGUAAACAGUACUACCACGUGACGUGUGCACAGAGGCUUGGAUUAUUGGUGGACCAUAGUGAAGAUGUUGAUCGUACCAGUGGUAGUGGUUCACAUCGUCGUGGUGAACAUCACACGGUCGAACCUCGCUAUAUCAACUGCCGUCAACAUUCCAAUCCUGAUGAUGUGCGAGUGAAGAAGCAAGCGGCUGCACGGUUCUUGGCACAAGAGGAGCGUCGGCUAAUGAUGGUUGGCAAAAAUGUACUGUCUGAAAGAGAGGAGCGCAAGCGAUUGAGAGCUAGGGAAAGAUACGAAAAGCAGUUUCAAUCGUUGAUAGGAGUCACCAUAUGCCUACCGGAGGCGUUCCAUGAUAAGCAAGAAAAGAAAGCUCGACGAGCCCGCCAUCUAACAACUUCUCCAGAAUAUUUUGAAUGGUUCCAAGAAAAGGCAGAGAUCAAUGGUGUGGAGCCAAAGCAGUUCAGAGAGGAAUUCACAAGGGUUACUGGCGACACAAUUCCAUUUCUUCCUCCCGGAUUUUCAACGCAGUUUUUCGAGUAUCUGGACAACCGUGAGAGCUGUGACGCAGCCGAGGAACAUAAACUCCAAGCGAUAAAGGAAUCCAAAUCUGCGUUGAACAAACAGCUAGAUGCACAGAUUACCAAGCUGAAAUUGAAUGAACAACUGGCGGAAAUGGCGAGAGGGUGUAGUGAGCAAAGAAGACAAUUAGCGAUUGCGUUCCAUCGUGUGCUAAUGAAACUUGGCGCAAGAAAAAUUGCCGCACAUUGUCCGGUAACCAGUGAGAAUACUGUCACCGGAAAAACGCCAAAUCGUCAAGUCAGAGAUGCUCGAACCCUCGAUAAUGAAACUCCACCACCGAAAUUGAAGAAAGAAGUGUCGAUUCAUUUGUGCAAAGAGUGUAGGAAGGCAAGUGAUCAACACUUGAUGGUUGGAUGUGACUCUUGCUACGAAUACUACCAUAUUGGUUGCCUUGAUCCGCCCCUGGAAAGGGUUCCGAAAAAAGUUAACUGCGAAUGGCAUUGCGCUGACUGUUGCGACGAUAGCGAUGAAGAGGAAAAUGAAGAUAAUCAAAAGUCAGGGUGCCCUGACUACUAA